AUGAAGGGCCCAAAAUCAGCACUUAUGGGAAAAACAUCACCAAAAAAAGCUGUAACUAUCACCAACACUACAGCUAUUACAAAAAGAUUAACAGGAAUUGCUAAUAAAAUUAAUAUCAACACAACCACCACAAAUAAUAACGUUGUUAACAAUAUUUUAGAUAAUAAUUUGGAUGAUGUUGACGAAGGAUUUUAUACAUUAGAUGAAAAGACUCCAAAAAUCGACUACUUAACACGACUCCCUUACGAAAUGGCAUCAUAUAUAUUACUAUAUAUUGAUUUACAAACAUUAUGUAGAAUGUCACUUGUAUCUCGUACCUGGUAUAGUAUAUCAAGAGAUAAUGAAAUAUGGCGUAGAAAAUUUUUAUCAAACGAAGGAUGGAAAGUGAAUAUUCCAAAAGAAAUUUUAAUAUCUGGCGGAAUUGAUUGGAAGUUACUAUACAAGAAUAGAUAUACGCUAUCAUUGAAAUGGAAGAAAGGCGAAUGCGAAAAAAAAUAUUUGAAAGGUCAUGUAGAUAGUGUCUAUUGUAUUCAAUUUGAUGAAAAAAAAAUAGUCACUGGAUCAAGAGAUAAAACCAUCAAAUUUUGGGACAUUAACACGGGAAUUUGUUUCCAGACAUUACAUGGACAUGAUCUUUCAGUAUUAUGUUUACAAUAUAAUGACAAAAUAAUGAUAAUGAAGCUGAAUGGUCACUCAGCGGGUGUUUUAGAUAUAUGUUUUGAUGAUAAUUAUAUUGUAUCAUGUUCAAAAGAUUGCACAAUAAAAGUAUGGAAUGUCAUUACUGGGGAAUUAAAGAGAACAUUAUAUGGUCAUUUCGGUCCUGUGAAUGCUAUACAACUUAAAGAUAAUAGAAUUAUAUCAGCUUCUGGCGAUGCAUUAAUAAAAUUAUGGGAUCUAAAUACCGGUGUAUGUAUAAGAGAUUUUGUUGGUCAUACACGCGGGCUAGCAUGCGUACAGUUUGAUGGUAGAUGGGUGGUGUCAGGAUCAAAUGACAAAACCAUCAAAAUAUGGGAUGUGGAAACUGCUCAGUGUGUACGUACACUUGAGGGUCAUACCGAUCUGGUAAGAACUUUACAUUUUGAUGAGAAUAUGGUUAUCAGCGGAAGUUACGAUCAAACUGUUAAAGUAUGGGAUCUUAAAACUGGUAAACAACUAUUGGAUUUUCAUGAAGGUCAUACCAGUUGGGUGUUUGAUGUACAAUUCAACAGGACCAAAAUUGUUAGUACAAGCCAAGAUAAGAAAAUAUUAAUGAUGAAUUUUGCUGAAGAUUUAGAUACAAAAUAUUUAUUAUGA